CAAGGAGUGCAUGAAAUGAUAAGCAGGGCUGAUAAGAAUGCCAUGAACCUGCCUCCCGACAAAGCCCGGCUCCUGCGGCAGUACGACAACGAGAAGAAGUGGGAGCUCAUCUGUGACCAGGAAAGAUUCCAAGUGAAGAAUCCUCCACACACGUACAUCCAGAAGCUGAAGGGGUAUCUGGACCCAGCAGUGACCAGGAAGAAAUUCAGGAGACGAGUCCAGGAGUCGACGCAGGUGCUCCGAGAACUGGAAAUUUCCUUGAGGACAAACCACAUUGGAUGGGUCAGGGAGUUCCUGAAUGAAGAGAACAAAGGCCUGGAUGUGCUGGUGGAAUACCUGUCCUUUGCCCAGUAUGCAGUCACGUUUGACUUUGAGAGCCUGGAGAACAGCGUGGAGAGCUCCAUGGACAAGUCCAAGCCCUGGAGCCGAUCCAUCGAGGACCUGCACCGGGGCAGCAAUCUGCCCUCUCCCGUUGGGAACAGCAUCUCCCGCUCCGGCAGACACUCCACCCUGCGGUACAACACCUUGCCAAGCCGAAGAACCCUCAAAAAUUCCCGAUUAGUGAGCAAAAAGGACGAUGUGCACGUGUGCAUCAUGUGCUUGCGGGCCAUAAUGAACUACCAGUACGGAUUCAACAUGGUGAUGUCGCACCCUCACGCCGUUAACGAGAUUGCGCUGAGUUUGAACAACAAGAACCCCAGGACGAAGGCCCUGGUGCUGGAGCUCCUGGCGGCCGUCUGCCUCGUGCGAGGGGGCCACGAGAUCAUCCUGUCUGCCUUCGACAACUUCAAGGAGGUGUGUGGGGAGAAGCAGCGCUUCGAGAAGCUCAUGGAGCAUUUCAGGAACGAAGACAACAACAUCGACUUCAUGGUGGCCUGCAUGCAGUUCAUCAACAUCGUGGUGCACUCCGUGGAGGACAUGAACUUCCGAGUGCACCUCCAGUACGAGUUCACCAAGCUGGGCCUGGACGAGUACCUGGAUAAGCUGAAGCACACGGAGAGUGACAAGCUGCAGGUGCAGAUCCAGGCCUACCUGGACAACGUCUUCGACGUGGGGGCUCUGCUGGAGGACGCGGAGACCAAGAACGCCGCCCUGGAGAGGGUGGAGGAGCUGGAAGAAAACCUCUCCCACUUAUCUGAAAAACUCCAGGAUACAGAGAACGAAGCCAUGGCCAAGAUUGUGGAACUGGAAAAGCAACUUAUGCAAAGGAACAAAGAACUGGACGUGAUCCGGGAGAUCUACAAGGACGCAAACAGCCAGGUGCACACCCUGAGGAAGAUGGUGAAGGAGAAGGAGGAAGCCAUCCAGCGCCAGUCCACGCUGGAGAAGAAGAUCCACGAGCUGGAGAAGCAGGGAACCAUCAAGAUCCAGAAGAAAGGGGAUGGGGACAUCUCCAUCCUCCCGGUGGCGCUGGGCUCCGGGGCGGCUCCGGCGGGAGCGGAGGCGGUGCCAGGGCCCUGUGCCACUCCUGGAGCCGCCUCCUCGGUGCCACUGCCCCCGGCUCCGCCGCCCCUGCCCGCCCUGCCCGGCUCACCCGAGCCAGUGCCCAACGGCCCCGUGGCGGUGCCUGUGCCACCUCCACCACCUCCUCCUCCUCCUCCUCCUCCUCCUCCUCCUCUGCCGGGCCCGGCUCCGGACGCGGCUCCGGCGGCUCCGCUGCCCCCUCCGCCCCCGCCCUCGGCUCCCCCCCUGCCCGGCACCGCCUCGCCCACCGUGGUCUUCAACUCCGGCCUCGCAGCUGUGAAGAUCAAGAAGCCCAUCAAGACCAAGUUCCGCAUGCCCGUGUUCAACUGGGUGGCGCUGAAGCCCAACCAGAUCAACGGCACCGUCUUCAACGAGAUCGACGACGAGCGCAUCCUCGAGGAUCUAAACGUGGAUGAAUUUGAGGAAAUCUUCAAAACGAAAGCCCAGGGCCCGGCCAUGGAUCUGACUUCCAGCAAGCAGAAGAUCCCUCAGAAAGGAUCCAACAAAGUCACGCUGCUGGAUGCCAACAGAGCCAAGAAUUUGGCCAUCACCCUGCGGAAAGCUGGGAAAACGGCGGAUGAGAUCUGCAAAGCCAUCCACGUGUUUGACCUGAAGACGCUGCCGGUGGAUUUCGUGGAGUGCCUGAUGCGCUUCCUGCCCACGGAGAACGAGGUGAAGGUGCUGAGGCUCUACGAGAGGGAGAGGAAGCCCCUGGAGAACCUCUCGGACGAGGACAGGUUCAUGAUGCAGUUCAGCAAGAUCGAGAGGCUGAUGCAGAAAAUGACCAUCAUGGCCUUCAUCGGGAACUUCGCCGAGAGCAUCCAGAUGCUGACCCCGCAACUCCACGCCAUAAUCGCUGCCUCUGUCUCCAUAAAGUCAUCCCAAAAGCUUAAGAAAAUCCUGGAGAUCAUCCUGGCUCUUGGGAAUUACAUGAACAGCAGCAAACGAGGGGCUGUGUAUGGAUUUAAGCUGCAGAGCUUAGACCUGCUGCUGGAGACCAAGUCGACGGACCGCAAGCAGACGCUGCUGCACUACAUCUCCAACGUGGUGAAGGAGAAGUACCAGCACGUGGCCCUGUUCUACAACGAGCUGCACUACGUGGAGAAGGCAGCAGCAGUGUCCCUGGAGAACGUCCUGCUGGACGUGAAGGAGCUGCAGCGGGGCCUGGAGCUGACCAAGCGCGAGUACACCAUGCACGACCACAACACCAUGCUCAAGGACUUCAUCCAGAGCAACGAGGGCAAGCUCAAGAAGCUCCAGGACGACGCCAAAAUAGCCCAGGAUGCCUUUGAUGAUGCUGUGAAGUAUUUCGGGGAGAAUCCAAAGACAACCCCGCCCUCGGUCUUCUUCCCGGUGUUUGUCCGCUUUGUGAAGGCCUACAAGCAAGCAGAGGAAGAAAACGAGCUGAGGAAAAAGCAGGAGCAGGCCUUGAUGGAAAAACUCAUGGAGCAAGAAGCGUUGAUGGAGCAGCAGGACCAAAAGUCCCCUUCCCACAAGAGCAAGCGGCAGCAGCAGGAGCUGAUCGCGGAGCUGCGGCGCCGGCAGGUGAAGGACAACCGGCACGUCUACGAGGGCAAGGACGGCGCCAUCGAGGACAUCAUCACAGCCCUAAAGAAGAAUAAUAUCACUAAAUUUCCCAAUGUUCACUCGAGGGUAAGGAUUUCUUCUAGCACAGCCGUGGUGGAGGAUUCCCAGAGCUGGCAAGCAUCACUUUUUACUUGGCUUCCUCCUCUCUCUCUGUGCCAGGCAGCUGGUGGUAGAUGCGGCUGAGCUAAUACUGGUGAGGCCCUCGAGGCCCAGUUGAGACCCAGAUCCUUGAUUUUCACCUCUGGAGGUGCAGGGAUCCACAGGAUGUUGGCUGGUGACCAUCAUCACACUGUUUUGGCCGCUUCUCCUCAAGCCAAGCCCAAAACAGUCCUGUCCCCAAGCGCUUUUGGUCGGUGACCACCGUCACGCUCCAUUUUGGCCAUUUGAAUUCCAGUUGAGCCCAAAACGAUCCCAGGUGUUGGGUGGUGGCCACCAUCAUGCUCCAUUUUGGCCAUUUGAAUUCCAGUUGAGCCCCAAACAAUCCCAGGUGUUGUUGGGUGGUGGCCACCAUCAUGCUCUACUUUGGCCAUUUGAAUUCCAGUUGAGCCCACAGUGAUCCCAGGUGUUAUUGGGUCGGUGACCACCAUCACACUCCAUUUUGGCCAUUUGAAUUCCAGUUGAGCCCACAAUGAUGCCAGGUGUUGUUGGGUGGUGGCCACUGCCACGCUCCAUUUUGGCCAUUUGAAUUCCAGUUGAGCCCACAGUGAUCCCAGGUGUUGGGUGGUGGCCACCUUCAUGCUCUACUUUGGCCAUUUUGGCCAUUUGAAUUCCAGUUGAGCCCACAAUGAUCCCAGGUGUUGUUGGGUGGUGACCACCAUCACGCUCCAUUUUGGCCAUUUGAAUUCCAGUUGAGCCCACAGUGAUCCCAGGUGUUGUUGGGUGGUGGCCACCAUCAUGCUCUACUUUGGCCAUUUUGGCCAUUUGAAUUCCAGUUGAGCCCACAGUGAUCCCAGGUGUUGGGUGGUGGCCACCUUCACGCUCCAUUUUGGCCAUUUGAAUUCCAGUUGAGCCCACAGUGAUCCCAGGUGUUGGGUGGUGGCCACCACCGUCACGCUCUGCUUUGGCCACUGCUCUUCCAAGUUCAGCCCAAAACAGUUUUGUCCCCAGGUGUGGCAGCCCCACGGUUGGGUUCUGCAUGAGGUGGACAAUCCCCAGCUCCAGGUGCGGAGAGGGGAAGAGCUGAGAAGUGUGGGAGUUCUGUGUAACUCCCAGCACAAGUUAUCCAGGGAAUCUGAGGGAUUUGCCCAGUCCAACACAAAUUUGUUGGCCAAGACGCCGAUAUUUGAACUGGAAUUGUCUUCAGUGCUCGUUCUGUUGGAGGUGCACAGGUGACAGCACACGUGACACCUCCAAUGGGCUUCCACCCUCACAUCCAUCAGCUUUCUCCCUCUUCCAUCCAUCCAUCCAUCCAUCCCAUCCCAUGCUCAGUGUUCCCUCCUCUGGCUGAGGAAGCAUCACUCCAGCCAUGGAAAGCAGCUGGAGAAUCCCAACCCAGCACCAGCUGCUUUUCCCAGGGCCCCUCUUUGAGCUCUUGGAGGUCCUUGCCAACCCGAACCAUUCCACAAAUCCACGCUUUAAAUGGGAUACAGGGAUCCUAAAUCCAUCCCGGCGUGGCUGAACCCACGGCUCACACGCCACGAGGAACAUCCUGCGGCUCCGGCGUUUCCGGGAGCGUGGGAACGCCUCAGAGCACCGACCGGGGUGGAGGUGGCACGAGGGGAACGUUCCCACGGCGCCGUUCCAUUCCCGUCCCCGAUCCCACCAGUAUUAACGCUCGCCGGGGCGCGUAGCUGGGGCGCGUCCGUCCUUCCUUCCCGGGGCCGAUCCCCUCCGCCGCCCUCCUCGAGCUGCUUUGGUUGGCUUCCGGCGGGCUUUUUUUCCCCUCCCUGUCUGU